AUGCGCCCUCGGGAGCGCGCAACCCGGCUCCCCGUCCUCCCGUCCCCUCUACGACCUACUUUACAGUCCUCAAACCCUGUGCCCCGGCGAUCUGAGCCCCGCGUCCGUGUUGCCGGGCGUUCCAGCCGGGCCUGCAUUCCAACCGGUGGUGGUCCCUUGCCGCGGGGAGGGGAUCCGGGCGGCCGGGGCUCGGCGGCGGUGCCGACCCUAGCGGGGGCCGGGCCUGGAGGGCGGGCGGCGGGCCGCUGCGCCCCGGCGAGGGGUGCGGGCCUCGCUGACCCCGGGCCCUGCCCCUCGUGUGCCCCCCGCAGCCACGACAAGGGACCCGAGGCCGAGGAGGGCGUUGAGCUGCAGGAAGGCGGGGACGGCCCGGGGGCUGAGGAACAGACGGCGGUGGCCAUCGCCAGCGUCCAGCAGGCGGCGUUCGGCGACCACAACAUCCAGUACCAGUUCCGCACAGAGAGUAAUGGAGGCCAGGUGACAUACCGCGUAGUCCAGGUGACUGAUGGUCAGCUGGACGGCCAGGGCGACGCGGCCGGCGCCGUCAGCGUCGUGUCCACCGCUGCCUUCGCGGGGGGGCAGCAGGCUGUGACCCAGGUGGGUGUGGACGGGGCAGCCCAGCGCCCCGGCCCCGCCGCUGCCUCUGUACCCACAGGUCCCGCAGCACCCUUCCCGCUGGCUGUAAUUCAAAAUCCAUUCAGCAAUGGUGGCAGCCCGGCGGCUGAAGCUGUCAGCGGGGAGGCACGAUUUGCUUAUUUUCCAGCAUCCAGUGUGGGCGAUACCACAGCUGUGUCUGUUCAAACUACAGACCAGAGCCUACAGGCCGGAGGCCAGUUCUAUGUCAUGAUGACACCCCAGGAUGUGCUUCAGACAGGCACACAGAGGACAAUUGCACCCCGGACACACCCCUAUUCUCCGAAAAUUGAUGGAACUAGAACGCCUCGAGAUGAGAGAAGAAGAGCUCAGCACAAUGAAGUGGAGAGGAGAAGGAGGGACAAGAUCAACAACUGGAUCGUCCAGCUUUCAAAAAUCAUUCCAGAUUGUCAUGCAGACAACAGCAAGACAGGAGCGAGUAAAGGAGGCAUCCUGUCCAAGGCUUGCGAUUACAUCCGGGAGCUACGCCAGACCAACCAGCGCAUGCAGGAGACCUUCAAGGAGGCAGAGCGGCUGCAGAUGGACAAUGAGCUCCUCAGGCAGCAGAUCGAGGAGCUGAAGAACGAGAACGCCCUGCUUCGAGCCCAGCUACAGCAGCACAACCUGGAAAUGGUGGGCGAGAGCACCCGGCAGUGAUGCCCUCCGGCUCACCCUUCAGCUGCUGUCGGCCUCUGCUGCCCCUCCCCCAGCCCUUAGCACAGAGAGGGAGAUGCCCCUCCCCAAGCUGCGUUUUUUUAUAGUAGAUUUUUAACAAAAACAAGGAGACAUAAUGCAUUUCUGUUGAUACAUUGCCCACUACCCUCCUCCAUGCGGAAACGAUGCCCACCUGCCCAUCUGUCCGUCAGCCUCCCUUCUCGGUCCUCACCAGCCCAUCACUUAUAGUGGGCUCAUCAGGAGGGGCAGGGGAGGAGGACAGAGGCCCCGCUGCCCGCUGCCUCCUUGGUCUCUAGAGGUAUUGAGACAGGGUGCUCAUGGGAAGGAGGGAGCUUUGGGGAUGGGGGCCUUCCCUGGGGCCUGGACCUUUGCAGGGAGGCCAUGCCCCCCACCCCUCUUGUUUCUGGAUCCCUGCUCCCCUCUGGGUGUGUGGGUAUGUGUGUGUGUGUAUGUGUGUAUGCGCGUGUGUGUGUUUUAAUUUUCUUUAUGGAAAAUGGACAAAAAAAUAGAGAGAGAGGUAUUUAACUGCAAUAAACUGGCCAGUGUGGCCCCGCCUU